CAGUUAUUAUCCUCGCCUCAAAGUCUACAUCAACAAACUUCUUCACAAAUAUUUGCGCUAUCGCGGACACGACCUCAUGACCUUAUCGCGAUGCAGCCCGCAGCGGCUCUACAUCGUCGUCAAUCAUCCCUCGAAGGGAUAAUCGAUUUCUCCACACGGCCUCCCUUGACCUCGGCUCAGCGCCUCUCAGCCAGUCGCCGAUUCAAUCAGUUGGUCAACCACUUCGACGUUCCCGAUGGCAGCAGCAAGGGAUACGACCGAGUGAAACUUGUCCGGCUCACCCACGAGUAUGCGCGCUCUGAGGAAUCUAAGGGCAACUUCCUGCGUGCAUUCUUUGAGUCCGCGGAUCUUCCAAUUGAUGGGGAUGAGGAUAUCGACUUGGGUGAUGCAGACCGACAGGCCAAGCUCCGCGAUUCCUUGUUCAACUUUGCGGAGUAUUUGUUCGAAAACUUCUUCUUGCCAUUGAAGGCGUCUACCAGGAAGACUCCCCAACCGUCCCCUGCAUCCCACUCGGCAGUCCAAAGAGCGCAAGGAGGAGAAGGGCAAAACUUUCUUGGAACCCAAGAACGCGUAUCAGCUCUUCGGGGCGCCUGUCUGUUCCGUGAUCGCCAUCGUUGCGUUAUAUCACGCUGGUUUGACGAGACCGAGGCGCUCAGGCGCAUGGACGAUGCCCGUAGACAUGGUGGUGUGGCUCGAGACGACGAUGGAACCCCUCUUGCGGAGGAGGAGCCCUUCGACUCUCUCGAGGUGGCACAUAUCCUGCCACACUCACUCACUCAGGUCAAUGCAAGCAAGCAAUUGGACCCUUCUAAGGAAGCGGCACUGGCGAUUCUCAAUAUGUUCGACAGCGGGGUCGCAUUCCUGGUUGAAGGAACUGAAAUCGAUCGACCUCGUAAUGCGAUGACCCUUACUCAUAGGCUGCAUCGCUGGUUCGGCGAAUUCCAAAUUUUUUUCGAGCCCGUUGACCAACAACCGCACACCUACCGCAUCGAUACCUUCCUCCCGCCGCGGAUUUUAAAGGACCUACUCCCCGUCACUCGAACGCUCUAUCUUACAGAAUCGCGAACUAUAGAUCCUCCUUCGCCUCGGUUACUCGCGAUCCAUAGCGCCAUUGCUCAUAUUCUCCACCUCUCUGCUGCGGGGGAAUAUAUCGACAGAUUACUGCGGGACCUAGAAGAACAUGGUGUUCGGGAGGAUGGUUCUACUGAGCUAGAACGUUUCGUGAAGCUCCGACUGAAUGGGUGGUCAGUUAGCGAAGUCAAUGGUUAGCGUAGACUGGGAGAUUCAGAAAUGGUCAGAUUUUGGUGCAUCUGUUUUGAUCUUAGCUAUCUUCAACGACUUGAUUUUGAUACCCCUCAACAUGCCUACUGUAC